CAGGUCGUUGAAUUUUGCUCUUGAACCGUAGAAGACGAAGUGGCCAUGGAGAUUUUAUUGAAAGCUCGACUAGCCCUAAUCUUCUCCAUCAUCGCUCAUGUCUCCUUGUUGGCCUUCGCUUCUCCUCCCGAGCUUCAGAUCGUCAACGCAGAGAAAAGAAUUGACUUGAAUUCUCAAAUCGUGAAGGUUUUCCUUACAUUGAAGGUGGAAAAUACUGGAACUUCGCCAGCUUCAGAUAUCCUACUUGCUUUUCCACCUACAGAAAUUGAUCAUCUGUCACUAAUUAAGGCUGCUAUUGCGACUCGAAAAAAGAAGAAAAAGUCUUAUCUUCCCCUUGAUGUAAAACCAACUGAGCAACUUGAUGCACCUAAUGGAGCUAAAAUUUUCUCUAUAUCUUUGCUUGAUCCGUUAAGUCCUGGAGCAACUGCAACCUUUGAAGUGCUUUAUAUAUCUACGCAUACUCUUAAACCUUUUCCAGAAGAGAUUAGUCAAUCUGAAUCUCAGUUGGUCUAUUACCAUGAUAGUGCAUAUGUAUUGUCACCCUAUCAUAUCAAACAGCAGUCAACUUUUAUUAAGACCCCAAGCACUAAGGUGGAAUCAUUUACAAAGGUGGAACCUACUAACCGUGUCAGCAAAGAAAUUAGAUACGGACCAUAUGAGGACCGCCCUCCUUAUUCAUUUUCACCCAUAUUGUUACAUUUUGAGAAUAACAAUCCAUUUGCUGUUGUUGAGGAACUUGUGCGUGAAGUUGAAAUAUCUCACUGGGGCAGCAUUCAGAUUACCGAGCAUUACAAAUUGGCCCAUGCUGGUGCUCGACACAAAGGUGUUUUUUCGAGGGUUGAAUAUCAAUCUAAACCGUCUAUUAGCGGUGUAUCUUCAUUCCGACAUCUUCUUGCAAGACUACCCCCUAAAGUUCACUCUGUUUACUACCGAGACGAAAUAGGAAAUAUAUCAUCAUCACAUUUGCGCACAGGCAUUCUGAAGUCUGAACUUGAAUUUGAACCACGGUAUCCUUUGUUUGGUGGAUGGAAAGCUACUUUUGUCAUUGGUUAUGGGCUACCAUUGCAAGACUUCCUUUUUGAGUCACCUGAUGGCAGGCGGUACCUCAACUUCACUUUUGGUUGUCCUCUUGCCGAGACCGUGGUUGACAAGUUGACCUUGAAGGUUGUUUUACCCGAGGGAUCCACAGGCCCUUCUGCCGUGGUUCCCUUCCAGGUGGAGCAACACCUAGAGAAGAAGUACUCGUAUCUGGAUGUUGUCGGUAGGACCGUGGUUGUGCUUGAAAAGAAAAACCUAGUACCUGAACAUAACUCCGCUUUCCAGGUGUAUUACAGCUUCAACCCAAUUUUCAUGCUGGCAGAGCCUCUUAUGUUGGUGUCUGCGUUUUUCUUCUUUUUCGUAGCUUGCAUCGCUUAUUUACACAUCGAUCUUUCCAUCAGCAAGAUGCAAUAAUUUACGAGGGAAAAAUGAAAGGAAGGAUAGUGGAAAAAACAUGUAAUGGUUCUGACUGAUGAGGGGAAACUAGACCUUGUAGAAAAUUUUGGAUUCCAUUGGGUGCUGCCCGCAGGUUUUGCAUUGUUAUAUUAUUGGGCCGAUCAGCCCUUAUCUAUUGGGCCGAAAGCCCAAACAUAUUAACUUGCUCUGGAAAAAACGUAAUUUGGAUUUUAAUAUAGGGUCAAGAGUUCUUAAUGGAA